CCCGGCCGGCGCGCGCGCCUUACGUAAUUUGUUUUGAUAGUGGCGGUAGUAGCGGCGGCCGCGCGGCACGAGGGGGCGUGCCGAGUGUUUACCCCGGGCCUCGUCACUGGAAGUGGCGGGACGGCGACAGUGGCUUGGGCUCCGGACGACCAGCACGGGCCGCUGGCGGCUUUUGUGUACGGGCGGCUGCCGUCCGUCCGCGUGGUGUGCGGGGCGGGGAACGGCUAGUGCGUUCGCGCGCACGCACUUGGCUCUGCCGAUGACCUUGGAGCUUUGUCGGGCGGUGUAGUGGGCGACCUUGACAUCAACCCUGCUACACUGGCAAUGUGCAACCUGAGAUUCAUCGAGCGCUGGGCGUAGGGCUGAGUCCGCCGUCCACCGGCGCCUGGUGCAUGGACAUGGACCAGCUGAUGGAGGCGUCGCUGGGCGCCGACGAGGACGCGCAGACGUACACGGCCGGCGUGCCGAUCCCCGGCCGCCAGCAGUGGCCGUUCUCGCGACCCGAGUUCACCGAGAUGCGUGCCGGCCGCACCGAGCCCGAGCUGGCCACGUCGGCCGGCGGAGCCUCGUACCCGCCGCUGGCUGAGUACGGCUCCAGCCCCAGCCCGGGGGCUGCCUGGCACGGCGCCUUGCACGAGCCCGAGCUGGCGCGCAACCUGGCCGAGAUCCAGAUCGACGACAUCUUCGAGGACGUGGACGUGGCGGACCUGAUCUCGGGGCCGGCGCUGCGCGAGCCCACGCUCACCGAGCUGAACGCUGGCGACGACCUCAACGAGCUGUCACUGGACUUCGGCAGCGGCGGCGGCGGCAGCGGCGGGUUCGGCGAGCGGCCGCUACCACCCCUCCGCCGCUCGUCAAGACGGAGCUGUUCGACGCGCCGAUGA